GAACUGGUUUUACACUUUCUUUUACUCAUCCCCUUCUUCUAUCUCUUUCUAUCCCUGUUUUUCAAAACCAUUCUUCAAUACCAAUACUCUCCAGACCCUUAAACAAGUAAUGCUGUCAUUUCAUUUCUUCUAUUUUGCUUCUCUUUUUCAUGAGCUGUGAAGUAGCAUUAUUAACACUUAAAAAUGGAGUCUUUCUGUUCAAACCAGAGGGAAAAGGGUUGCAUAAUUCCACUGUAUUUAAGCCUCCCUGCCCCUUUUGGUAACUGAAACCAAAAACCAUAAUCUAACAAAGCAAGGGUGGUCCGAUCUGAACUCUUGAAAACUUUUUGAUUGAUUUUUUUCCCAGUAGCCAUGAAGAGAUCACUGGAUAGCUCUGAUUCCCUGGGCGCUCUCAUGUCCAUCUGUCCACCCACUACAGAUGAUCCCAGUCAAGGGAACAGCAGCAGCCAUGUGUACGGAGGGGAGUUUCAGUCGAUGUUGGAAGGGCUUGACGAGGAAGAAGGCUGCGCCGGCGGCGGCCACGUGGCGGAGAAGAAGCGGCGGUUGAGUGUGGAGCAAGUGAAGGCUUUGGAGAAGAAUUUUGAGGUGGAGAAUAAGCUGGAGCCGGAGAGGAAGGUGAAGUUGGCCCAGGAGCUCGGGCUGCAGCCUAGACAGGUGGCGGUGUGGUUCCAGAACCGCCGUGCACGAUGGAAGACCAAACAGCUGGAGAGAGACUACGGCGUGCUCAAAGCCAACUAUGAUAGCCUUAAACACAACUAUGAAACUCUCCAGCUUGACAAAGAAUCACUCCUCAAAGAAAUUCGCGACCUGAAAGCGAAACUAAACGGCGAGAGCAAAGGAUGGGUUAAGGAGGAGGGAAUGGAGUCGGAGGGGAACGAUGCAAACCCAAAAUCCGAUGAAAUAGAGCCGCCGGUGGCGGCCGCAGUUACGGCGGAUUUCAAGGACGGGUCAUCGGACAGCGAUUCCAGCGUGAUUCUGAACGAGGAAACCAGCAGCUACCACUCGUCGGAGGCGUUCUUGAUAUCCCACGAAGCCUUCCCGGACUGCUUCAAAUUCCCGGAGCAUUUUAAGCCGGCGACGCCGGUUCUCGCCGACGCCGCCGUCGCGUAUCCACCCCUAAAUUUCGUGAAAAUUGAGGAACAGUUCAGCGGCGAGGAAUCGUGCAGUACUCUGUUUUCCGACGAACAACCUCCGACCCUCCACUGGUACUGCCCUGAGAGCUGGAAUAACUGGAAAGAAGAUGAACAAUAAAAAAAAAAAAAAAAUCAAUCAAUCGCCGUUUAGUUUCUUGAAACUCCGACGCGCCGCCGCAGCCGCCGGCGACCGGUGGGGAAGGUGGAAUUUUUGUAUAGUAAUGUUAAGAAUUAAGAUUAGUCUCUGUAUUGUAGAAAACGAAGAUGUUUCGCAUCUCAAGAAAUCUUAAGAGAUGAAAAAUAAAAAUUGGAAAAAAAAAUGGCGGAGUUGAGAUGACGUAAGGGGUUGUGACGCGGUGGCGCGGCCGCACGGAGCACGGCGGAGACAGGAAGCGUGUGGGUAAGGGAAAGGGAUGAUUGGGAUAGUAAUUUGAGAUGUCUCGCACGUUUGCCUUUCACUUUUUACUGUCAAAACCAUAAUAAAAAAAGCUUCAACCAAAAACAAAAACAGUAAUAUUUUGGAAUGGUAGCUUUCCAAGGUUUCAACUUUCAA